CAAAAGACGCCAAUCGUUCCUGUUUUUUAGUUCUGUUUUCUGUGUAAUGUUGAUUUUGCCCACACCUUCCUUACCACCAAAAUGGAAGUUUACCACACUUAGUAGUAUCUCCCCAAGACCAAACUGCAGAAAACAGCAGAAUGGUUUUUUCAGAUCUUGGACGGCGUCUUAAUGCCGCUUUAGGAGAGCUCUCCAAGUCAGAUGUUGUUAACGAUGAGGUCGUCGAUGGCGUUCUCAAGUCCAUCUGUAAAGCGCUUCUGGAAAGUGAUGUGAAUGUUCGUCUUGUUCAAGAACUGAGAGGAAAUAUAAAAAAACGUAUAAACGUGAAAUCACUGCCGGCCGGCCCGAAUGGAAAAAGAGUCGUUCAAAAGGCUGUCUUCGACGAGCUUUGCGAUCUUUUGGAUCCGAAAACCCAGGCCUUUACCCCUAAAAAAGGACGUCCAAAUGUUAUUAUGUUUGUUGGUUUACAAGGUAGCGGUAAAACAACAACAUGUACGAAGCUUGCCUUAUACUAUCAACGUCGUGGCUUCAAAUCAUGCCUGGUUGCAGCCGAUACAUUUCGUGCCGGUGCUUUUGACCAAUUAAAACAGAAUGCACUAAAGGCACGAAUUCCCUUUUAUGGUAGCUACACUGAGGCAGAUCCUGUGGUUGUCGCACAGACAGGUGUAGACAAAUUCAAAAAGGAACGAUUUGACAUUAUUAUUGUGGAUACCUCCGGUAGACAUCAACAAGAGAAAGAGCUUUUUAACGAAAUGAUAGAAAUUUCUGAGGCUGUUCGACCAAAUCAAACUAUCAUGGUUCUUGAUGCAAGUAUCGGUCAGGCCGCCGAGUCUCAAAGUCGGGCGUUCAAGGAAAGUGCUAAUUUUGGAGCCGUCAUCGUCACAAAACUUGACGGCCACGCAAAGGGCGGUGGUGCUUUGUCUGCGGUUGCUGCUACAAAAACACCCAUUAUCUUCAUUGGUACAGGAGAACACAUCAAUGACUUGGAGCGGUUUUCACCGCGCUCCUUUAUUUCAAAGUUGCUCGGAAUGGGUGACAUAGAGGGUCUGCUAGAACAUGUUCAAUCAUUGGGCCUGGAUAAGCAACAAAACAUGGUCAAAAAUCUAGAGCAAGGAAAGUUCACCGUGCGCGAUUUCCGUGACCAGCUUUCCAACAUCAUGAAGCUUGGUCCUCUUAGCAAGAUGGCCAGUAUGAUUCCUGGUAUGGGAGAUAUGAUGAACGGCAUGGAUGAUGCUGAAGGCUCUAUGCGUAUGAAGCGCAUGCUGUUUAUUGUUGAUUCUAUGACAGAGCAAGAAUUGAAUUCAGACGGCCUUAUUUUCAAAGAACAGCCAACGCGUAUAAUGCGAGUAGCUCGUGGCAGCGGAACAAGCGUUCUGGAAGUUGAGGAGACACUUUCUCAAGUUCGCGUUUUCGCUCAAAUGGCUAAAAAAAUGGGAGGCAAGGAUGGUAUCCUCAACCAAAUGGGUGGUGCUGGUGGUCUCAAGAAGGACCCUAAGCAGAUUGCUGCCAUGCAAAAACGACUCCAAUCGAUGGGUGGAUUACCCGGAAUGGGUGGUGGUAUGCCGAAUUUGGGUGAUAUAUCGAAGAUGGCCAGUGGACUCAACAUGGGCGACCUUUCUAAAAUGGCAAAUAUGUUCAUGGGCGGCGCUAAUAAUGGAGGAGGUCCUGGAGGUUUGGACUUUGGUGCUAUGAUGAACCAAUUUGGAAACAUGCGAGGAAUGCCUGCUGCUAGAGGGGGACGUCGUAGAAGAUAAGCACCUGGAUAUUUCGGACUAAACUUAUCCCAGCAAUUUUUAGUUACCAACUGUCAUUUCCUCUGCCAUCUCCGUUUCUAUAACUACCCUUUACAUCUUUUCCGGUUGUUAAUUUAACCCUGUUUAUGACCAAUUUCUUACUACUAGAAGCUACUAGGCUUGGAAUUACGGCUUUCUUAUAUGUUGUUAUGUAAGAAUUCUUUGGUUUAAUAGUUAUUCAUUCUAAUUAAUUGUAAAUUAACAAACCUUUUCCAAUUGUG